CACUUCAUUUAUACCUUGUCCUUUCUUCUACCUCCUUUCUCUUAUUUCCCAAUCUCAAAUCCCUACAAAUGACCUCAAAUCCCAAAGGAAAAAUCCACAAUUUUCUCUUCCUCCUCCUAUCUCUUUAAUUUUCUCAAAAAAUAAUCCAUCUUCUAGUAUAUAUAUCAUAGUUGUUAGUAAUAACCUUCAAAUAACUCAAGAAACAACUAGCUAAAAAAGAAGAGAACAUAGAGAGCAAUAAAGAAGAGAAGGAGAAAAAAGAGUUAAGAAAAAAAAUUGAAUCUAGCUAUGUGCUAAAGUUCCUUUUUUUUCGACUCUCGAAAUUCGAACGGUGUCAGAACAGAAGAAGUAACAAGGAUAUAUGGAACUAUUCCCAGCACAACCAGACUUAUCCCUAAAAAUCAGCCCACCAAACAUCAAACCUUCAUCAUCAACUUGGAAGAGGAAAAUUACAAGUGAAGAUGAUGUGCAUAUGGAUUUAGGGUUUUGGAAAAGAGCUCAUGUGGUGGAAUCAACAAAUUCUAGUAACACUUCUUCUUCUUGUUUUGACCUUUCUUUAUCCAAUAAUCCAACAAAACCUAAUUAUUUACAUAAUCUCAAAAAUUAUAACACCUCACAACAAAAUCAAAUGAUAAUAAGAGGCAUUCCGGUGUACCAUCAAAAGCCCUUUGCUAGUACUACUACUACAUUUCCUAUACCUUCUUCUCCUUGUUCUAUUAUUAACAAUAAUAAUAUUAACAACACAAUUAGUUCUUGUGCCUCUACUAGACCUAAUUUUCAACAAGGAGGGUUUUUUAGAUCAAGAUUUUUAUCAAGAUAUCCGGUUAAACAGAGCACUAGGGCUCCAAGGAUGCGAUGGACAAGUACUCUCCAUGCUCGUUUUGUUCAUGCUGUUGAGCUCUUGGGUGGCCAUGAAAGAGCAACACCAAAAUCAGUUCUUGAGCUUAUGGAUGUCAAAGAUCUCACCUUAGCACAUGUUAAAUCCCAUUUACAGAUGUAUCGGACUGUGAAGACAACUGAUAGAUCUGCUUCUUCAGGCCAAUCUGAGGUAUUCGAUAAUUUGUCAUCCGGAGAUACAUCAGAGGAAUUGAUGGUUGAUGAAUAUUUUGAUUCGAAGUCUAAAUUGAUAUAAUAGAUGAAUUUACUUGGCACUCAGAGACUCUAAAUCCUAGAUCCGCCUCUAUAGUUGAAAAUGAAGAAUAUUCAAGAAAGUCUUAAUUAUCAGUUCAACAAGAUAAAAGGAAUAUUCAUCAAGAUAAUGAUUUUCAGGGUUUUUGGAACAACUCUUCAAGGUGAACUUUCAUAUGCUAUUCUAAAAAAUUAUUCCCAAAAAUGUGAAUUUGUACUUUUUUUUUAUAGCCAAAAGGGUCUUAGCGCGAAAGCUAAACCCUAGUAAAAAAUGAUGGACCUAUAUGUGGAAAUUAGUUUUUGUGCCAAAAGCAAAGAGGGCACUAGUUAUCUGAUAGUGUAAAGAAUUUUUAUAAUACUUUAAUAGUAUAAUAUUUGAUGUGA